ACUGUCUCCGGUCUGUCUGUCUAACGGUCUCCGGUCUGUCUGUCUAACGGUCUCCGGUCUGUCUGUCUAACGGUCACCGUGUCUGUCUAACGGUCUCCAGGGUCGGUCUCCGGCUCAUACACGGUGAUACUGGUCUAGUUUUGAGGUAUGAUCCAUAACAAGUCCAGUAGGUCGAGGUAAACGGUCCUUCCCGGUCCCGUUCAGCUCGUGCCGGACUGCAGACCCUCGGUGUCGGGGAGGAGGACCCGGGACAGUUUGAACCAGGUAGCGGAGGCAAAAUGGCGGCGGAGAGUGCGCAGUAGAAGAACGCGCUGUGACGUCACGGUGCAGCACACCGCAUGCAGUUUUUACUCAGUAAGACCAGAUCCACGAUGUCGACGAGGUUUGGUCGAAGGAAAAACUGAUCCUAACGCUGAAUGAACUUCGGACCCGAGAAUACUCGAUGUGUUCGACCAACUGAAGGUAUUAGGAGCACGUGGUCCCGGAGGGAGAGCCAGAACCGAGCUGAGGUUCAGGGACUGGAGGCCAUCAGGCUGAGCAUGGGGCCUGCUGCUAGCUCCAUGUUUGAUCACAACCCUCUCAUCAAGCGUUCAGACUGCCCUACAGGUCUAAAGAAAUCUACAGAUACCAUCAUAUGGCUUUAAAGAGAAUCUCCAGGUGUCUGAAGGAUGUCGUCUGUAUCCAAGCCCUAAAAGGCUGAACACCCUCCCGCUCUUUAGAUGUCUGGAACCUGUUCAUGGCUUCUAGGAAGAAGCAGAGACGGGUGGUGUUUGACGAAGAGGAGGCAUCCACACCUGCAGCAGACCAACCACCUGCGUCUUCUCCUAAACUGGGGAGGACAAGUGAAGGAGGGAUGGCAGGAAGCACCGCUGUCAAAGUGGGUAUGAUGGGUAACCCCAACAUGAGCCCGGUUAACCUGUCACCUGGCGGCCUGUCACCUGGUUGCCUGUCACCUGGCGGCCUGUCACCUGGCGGCCUGUCACCUGACAGCGUCUGCAGAGGCAUCAAAGUGACGCUGGAGAACAACAGCAUGUGGAACGAGUUCUUCAAAUGCAGAACAGAGAUGAUACUGACCAAACAAGGCUGCAGGAUGUUCCCCUAUUGUCGCUUCCGUAUCUCUGGCCUGCAGCCCUCCAGGAAGUACUCGUUGAUCAUGGACUUACAACCUGUGGAUGACCGUCGGUACGGGUGGACCGACAGCAGCUGGCAGGUCGCUGGGGAGGCAGAGGCUCGGGUGAAAAGUGCACCAUUUUUUCAUCCCGAGUCCCCAUCGACAGGUCAACACUGGAUGCAGAACCCAGUGUCCUUUUACAAACUCAAACUCACCAACAACAUCGCGGACAAGGAGGGCAAUGUCAUCCUGUACCCAAUGCACCGAUACCUACCCCGCCUGCACCUGGUCCAGACUGACAAACCAGCUAAAGACAUUAAGUUAAACGGUCCUGCUGUCUUCACUUUCCCUCAGACCGAGUUCAUGGCCGUCACUGCGUAUCAGAACUGUCGCUUUGCUCAGCUGAAAGUGGACUACAACCCGUUCGCCAAAGGCCUGAGGGAGGACAGCCCGAGCACCAAAGGCUUAACACUAAAACUGAACUCCAGGAAAGACCUUCACAGAGACAGAGGCUCCACAGCUAGUGAGCUGCAUCCUGUGAAGAAGAGCCUGAAGUCUUUACUGGCAAACCACAAACCUAGAAACUCAAAAGCACCAGACCCGAAGCCUUCGGUGUCAGGUGACCUGCAGAAACCCUCCACCCCAAACAGAGAUCAGUCCGCUGCAAAGACCACCGGGGAGAGUUCACGCUCUCCUCCAGCUCAGAAGCUGUUUUCGGAGCUGAUCCGUGAAGCUCACGUCUCUCUACAGAGGUGCAGCCUGCAGCAGCUGAGCAUCAACAACAACCACGUCUCCCACCAGACAGGGCAGACCAACACCAAAACCACAACUGAGAACCACAACAGACCCGAGGACAGUAAAUCUGUCACACCGCCUGGACACACAGGUGGAGGUACUGUACCUAAGAGGAAAGUGAAGCAGGGCGUUCUGAACUCCCUGGACUGCAGGGACAACAUCAGCUGUGCUCCAUCAGGGUCUAAGACCCUGUCUGUGGACUCAGACCCCCGACAGAAGCCUGAAGCUCUGUCACAAGAGAAAGUAAAACCGCACAAACGUCCAGCGCCGCUGCCUCUGCCUGCUCUCGCUCUGUUUUUAAAGCAGCACUCCACAAAAUCUAAAAAAAACAGGGGUAGGCAGGACUCUCCUCCCCGAGCACUCCCACCUGAACCCCUACCCAAACCCCCGAGUUCUGCUGAAGAUCCACCACCUCAUCCUGUUGAAGAUGAAACUGCUCCGUCCAAGGAUCUACCUGAUGAUAUUACUCAAAACGAAAACCAGACGAAUGCACCACCUCCUCCUAAAGAGGACGUCAGGGGGGUUCAUGGACAGGCUGCUGAAGCCAGUGCUCAGCCUUCCAGUCCACAAAGUCCAGACGCUUCAGCUGCUUCAGACCCAAACGAACAAAGAACUCCUUAUCUGUCCGGUUCAGAUCCUGAAGGUCCAGGUCCAGAGCUGGCUGAUAGUUCAGCUGUGUCACCAAUCUCAGAUCAGCCUCUGUCCUCCAUCAUUUCCUCAUCUUAUACUACCUCAUCCCCUAGUCUUUCCUCCUCCUGCCACCCAGUGUUACCUGUUCAGGUGUCCCCGUCAGAUCCCUCUAUCAUGAAGUCUGAGUCUCUGCUACUGGACCCAGAGUGUUCUUCUUUUGGCUUUGAUCCACUGUCUCCUGCAAGUUCUCCUGAGCCAUUACCUUCGCUGCCGGUCUCCUUGACUCUUGAACUGGACUCCACGACUGCUGAACCCAGCCCGGUUCCUCCUGAGGACUUGGUGCAGGGAGACGGGUCUUCUGUGUUUAAAUGGCACACAGUGUUACUUCCCCCUGAGCACUACAGCACAUCUUCCUUCACUACAUUUCAGGCCACACCUCAGAGUCUGGCUUUAGCCUCUGUUACCUCACCUGUGCUGCCUUCAGAGACCCCCUCCCUCCCUGAACCAAAGUCUCUAGACCCCUCCAGCCCCCCCCCUGAGGCUGCUCUGUCGUUUGAAGUGAAUGAACAGGUGUUACCCUUCCCUGCAGAGCUGUCCCCCCUUGCGCUCCAUCUCCCUCUGUCUCCGACCUUCUCCUCAUUAGACGCAGGCGGUUUAUCACCCACGCCUUCCCUCAGCGACCUGGUGCACCUGUUCUCCAUCGAUGGUGAUCUCGGGAUGGGGAUGGAGUUUUCAAACUCCGAGGCGCUGGCUGCUCCCUGCCCGCCUCAAAGUACAGGCGAAGCAGACUCGCAAGAGCCGCCCCCGCCGCUGCAGGAGGUCCCAACAUUCAAACCUGGUCGGCGCAGGAAGAAGUGUCGCCGGCGAAAAGUCAUCAAGACUGACAUGGAGACGAACAACUCCACCUACACGCUGAUGCAGCCGAACCUGGAGGAGGUGGAGGAGCAGCUGUUCAUCUCCUUCACAUCCAAGGAGGCCCUCAAACUUCAUGUCGUGGACUCCUUGAGAGCAUCAGUGUGUGAGCCUCAGACCACAUCUGAGGCUCACCUGCAGCCCCCUUCAGACUCACCUGAGCGAGGGGAGACUGUGGACAGCUUGCAGGAGAAGUUGGCGUCCUUACAGAGUAUUCUUCUGAGAGACUUGAAGCUAAUGAGACACCGACAGGUGAUCCAUCCUGUGCUGCAGGAAGUCGGUUUGAAGAUGAACUUGCUUGACCCGACUCAGGCCAUAGACCUGCAGUACCUUGGGGUCCGUCUGCCCCUCCCCCCUCGUCAAGGAGUCUCUGUGGAACAAGCAAACUUGGAGAUGUCCCAAAGUACAGGUGUUUGUGGUGUGUUCAUGUCUCGAACAGGAAAAACAACAGAUGUGACUCAAAUUAAAGGGUGGAGAGACAAAUUCAGUUCAUCUGAGGCCCCGCCCCCUCCUGCGGUACCUGAAGGUGGUCCUGCAGCUGGUCCUGUUCCUGGUCCUGUUCCUGGUCCUGUUCCUGGUCCUGGUCCUGGUCCUGGCCCUGGUCCUGACCUACAGAAGAGGAACCUGUCUGCGUUCUGCAGCGACAUGUUGGAUGAAUAUCUGGAGAAUGAGGGGAAGCUGAUCGAUCAGCGAGCCGACAGCUUCUCUCAGCCCCAGCUGGACCCUCCGGUCUACCAGCUGCCCACGAGCAGCACCAGCUACGUCCGGACCCUCCACAGCGUCCUGAAGAAGCAGACGACUGGGACCCCUACCUCAGACCUCAUAUCUGGAUUUGUCCCCCCCUCCAUGAGACCAAAAGUUUCCCCAAAAGAGUCCAAAAACCCUCGGAGAGAAACAGCCAAGCGGAGAGGUCCAAAACCACAGAAACCCAGACCAGAACCUGCUUCAGCUCCUACUUCGGGAUCCAGUCCAGGCGAGUCAAACUAUGUGACUAAACAACCUGUGGUUCUUACUCUAUCAGAGCCCCUCCAUCCAUCAGGGCACCCCCAUCCAUCAGAUCCACCCCAUCCAUCAGAACCACCCCAUCCAUCAGAACCCCUCACUGCAUCAGAACCCCUCCCUGCAUCAGAACCCUCGUCCCCUGUCAUCAAACCGAAGAGACAGAGGCAUCACCUAAGGGUCCAGUCCGACACACCUCAGCCCCCUGCAGUAAAGAGGAGAAGAAAGCUGAAACCCGGGACCGUGUCUAAGACUUUUGGCCCCUGGAGCUCCACAGACUCCCAUCCUGCUGACACAGAGGACCUGGCUCCACUGGAGUCAGACUCUGAACUCGGGAAUGGAAACCACGAGGUCCCUGUGAUGACUCGGGCCCUGCUGAGACAGAAAGACCUGGAGGAUGGGGGAGUCUGGGAGGGACGACCCAGGACUAGAGUUACUGAAGAGAGGGCCGCCAUCGCUCUGACAUCACUGUUCACUCUGAAGGGUUUUGUCAUUGAGAACCCGACUAAGCCGGUCCAGGUGGUCCAGAGACAGGCCCCACCCUGCCUGAACGAGUUCUGCAGGCUGGGCUGCGUGUGCUCUAGUCUGUCUUACUGCUCCAGGAUCAGUCACUGCGGCCGGCCUGCCUGCAUGCUGGGCUGCAGCUGCCUCAAACAGAAGGUGGUUCUCCUGCAGAACCUGGAACCGGACUCCAGUCCUUCCCACCAAGGGAGCAGGAAGAGGAGGAAGAGGAGGAUGAAGAUGGCCUACGUUCUGAAGGAGGCUGAGAGUGUUUCCCAGCCUGCAGAGAGGGUCCAGACUCUGUGGAAGAAGGAUAGCAGAGACUUGGAUCCAGACCCGAUCCAGGUCCCUAAAGCAGAUCACUUGCCCGGCCGUCAUGAGACCCGCGAGUCCAGCAGCUGUGCCCGGGUCCGAGGUUUCCACCUGAAGGGGAGGAGCCGCAGACAGCAGGGAACACCUGAAGACAAAAAGUCUGAAGACACUUAUCUGAACCGCCAGAAACAAAAGGACGCCCAGAGCUCCGCCCCUCCACCAGAUGGACGGGAUCAGCCGGGCCCCUUGGCCUCGUCUUUGGCUUCUGCUGCGGAGUCGACGCCAAAACCGUCGAAGCGUCUGAUCAUCCUCGCGGAGGGGAAGUGGGGCAGCGCCGCCGACAGGAGCCAGGUGUUGAAGCAUUUGUGCGAGCGGAUGGCUCGGGACCAGCUGGACCAACCGUUCUGGGUUUGGGGUUAUCGGAUCGUCCCAAUCAGCCAGACCCCCGAGGGGAGUGGACCAGACCGCUGCAUCCAGUACAGAGUCCACAUUUCCAGACCAGAACCAGGACCUGAGAAACCAGCAGCCCCAGUGAAUCGACCACCAGGAGAAACCAGCUCAGGCCCUCAAGGACAGGUGUUCAGGGGGGUGGAGCCUCCGGAAGAUUGGCAGCGAGAGGUGGAAGAAGGUGAGAUUGAGGAGGAGGUGGGACCAACAUGUCAACCGCUGCGUGAUGGGAGGAGCACUGAAGAAGUGAAUAGAAGAAGAGAGAAGAAGAAGAUGGUCAGCCUGGGUCUGCCGUUCCUCACUGGAGUCUCACCUGCCGGGUUUCUGUCCACCAACAGGAAACAGCCCGGAGGAACCGAGCACCUGAUCCAGGUGAAUGGGAAGCUGUAUCCUCUCGCUAAGAUCCAGUUGGGACAGAUGGGGGCGCUCCACCCUGCGAACAGGUUAGCGGCGUACCUGACAGGUCGGGUUGGGUCCAACAGGAAGCAGCUGGGCUCCUCUAAACCACCUCAGAACCAGAACCUGGGACUGACCCCCCACACAGCAUCCUCGUCGGCCCCCCCACCCAAAUCUCAGCCGUCAUUUCCAGUGCUCAAGAUUAAGGCCCCGCCCACAGAGGAAGCUCCGCCCAUCCAUCUCCACCAAUCCGCUGCCCCGUCUGCCCAGCCUACACCUGAAGGAGCGGGGAAGAAGGUCGUCACCUUGAAGGUGUACCCCGGUCAGACACGGGGGGCCAAUCAGGUCAGAGUGGUACCUGAGACAUCUGCUCACUCCAACCCCCCAACAGACAAUCGGUUGAGCAGAUCUCUUGUACAGAACCCGGCUCUUCAGGUCUCUCAGAUGAUGGUAUUUCCAGCACCUAGUCCUAGUGGGAAGUUUCCUGUACUGGGUCCCUCACCGCCCCCCACCGGUCAGAGGAUGAUCCUGAAGCCUGUCCAGACUACAUCAGGAGCCCAGUACUUUCGCAGACCAGAUGGGAAACUGGUUCAACUGGUUCCAAUCAGCCAGCUGAGACCAGUAAACCAGGGCCAGAUCAAGAUCCAGAACCAUGACAAGAACCAGACCCUGUCCAUGCAAAGAGCCCUCCCUCCUGCUUCCUGUCAGACUCCUAUCCUAACUGCUGGUGGACAGACCCCCCCUCAGGCCUCAGGUCCUUCCCCUCUGCCCACCCUCCCCCCCUGCCCCGCCCUCCCCGCCGUCCCCAAUGUUGCUCAGAAGUCGACGUGCAGCUUUAAAAUCUUCCCCACCGACUCCACAAAAGAACCGAUGAUUGUUACCUGUGUUAAAGUCCCGCCCCCUCCUCUGACCAAGGUGUUGACUGGCCCCGCCUCCCUCACCCUUCCCCAGCCUCACCCUCAAACUCCCCCCAUGAACUUCCUAUCUCUGAACCCGUCUUCAGGCGGGGGGGCGGAGCUUGGCGUGAAAACAGUGACAGUAACUCCUGGUGGGAGGGUUAUCCAUCAGAACCCCAAACCAGCUUCACCAGGGUCAGAGGUCACACCUGAACCUGACCCCACCGCGCAGAGAGUCCGACCGCACAUUCCCGCCCUGAUGGGCGGGGCCAUCACGCGUGUGGAGACGGGGCCUUCUGCUGCAGAGACAGGGGGCGGAGCAAAGCACGCGUCAGACAUGUUGGAACAGGAGGAGUCAGAGAGCAGCGAGACGGAGAACUCGUCAGACAUCGAUGAGGACACUGACGGAGAGAGAGAGACAGACAAGUUUGGGGUUGACACAGAGCUUGUUGCCAUGGAGACGAUGGCAUCCAUGGCGGAGUUGGGUGGGGCCGAGAGCAGCGAGACGGAGAACUCGUCAGACUUGGAGAAGACAACAGAUGAAGACUUAGAGUCGGCUAAAUAUCAGCGCCGUGUUCACAACAUGCUGGAGAAGCAGCGUCGCGGGAAGAUGAAGAAGCUGUUCAGAAAACUAAAGAGGGAACUGGGACAGCAAGAGAAGACCCCAAAGAUCCACAUCCUGAACAAGGCGGUCCAGAUAAUCCAGGAGCUGAGGAAGACCGAAACAAGUCUGACCGAUCUAAAGAGAAAACUCACGAAGAGGAGGGACGACUUCCUCUGCAUCAUUGCUCCAACCACAGAAAGGAUGGAGGCGGAGCUGUUGGAUGAGCUGAUGGAUAACUUGUCUGAUGAAGAUCGAGUUGUCGCCGUGACGACAAGUAAGGAGGACAUUGAUGUUCACAGCAUCUCGAUGGAUCAGCUGAAUGUGGAUCAGAGGAAUACACAGAGGAGUUACACAUCAGGCCAGGACUCAAAAGACAGUCUGAGUGAAGGGAAGCUGAACCAGGACCAGACCAUCCACGCCGCCUUUAAAGCUCUCCGAUCAGUCCUGAACAGCAACAACUCUUCAAGAGAACACCUGCUGCAAAAGGCUCAUCGAGAGAUUCAGUCCCUGCAGCGCGAGACCACGAUCCUGAAGAGCCUGAAGACCUGUCUGAAGAAGCAGAGAGACACCUACCGGAGGAAGAUCCAACACAGAUCAGCAGGUCAAAGUGAGAAAAGAAUCUUCAGGAGGCGCCGCUCAGCCAAGACAGACUCAGCAGCCAAUCAGCUGCAGGCUUCUGGAGGGGGCGGUGCCUCAUCAUCAACCCGUGAUGACAUCACAUCAUCAUCUUUAUACCUGCAGCAGCAAACUUCAAAGGCUCCUCCCACUCUGAGCCUGCAGACUCCUCCCACUCCUGUAUCUCGUUUGGCUCCUCCCACUGCCUCCCACCCUGCGUCAGUAACUCGGGACAGGACACGAACAGUUCCAAACAUCCUGAGACGCAGCCGAAACACCGAGAAGGAUGUGGCCUCCGUCACCUUCAACCUCUCUGCACUGAACAAUCAGCAGAUCCACCUCGCCUCUGUACUCCACCCCCAAACGGGUGAGAUCUACUGCAGCUCCGCCCCCCUCGCCAUCACUAACCUUGCAGAUGUCAACAACCUGCUGCACCUGGUUCAACCAACAGGACAACAACAACAACAACAACAACAACAACACAUAGAAACAGACCAGCAGCCUCUACAGCUCAGCCAGUCCCCUUCAGAUCCAGGUCUUUGGAAGGAUGGCUCUGUGGGCCAGGACAGUCCCUCUGCGAGCCGGUCUGGGGACUCUGUGGGUGGGGUUGAUGGGUCUUUGAGAGGGGCUUCUGGUCUGACAUCACUCCUUCAGGAGAUUGACUUCCUAAACACCGUCUCUCAAGUCACAGCAGGGGUGGAGGCAGAGCUUCAAGAGGAGUGUGAUGCUGUGGGUGGGGCCUUGGAGCAGGGUGGCCCCUGGCUCCUACAGCUAGACUCAGACUCUGAGGACACUGUGACCUUAGAGACCCCAGAGACAGAGAUCAUGAGGAGCCAGCUGCAGCCAGGCAUCCUGACUCCGCCCCCCCUGCUGCAGAUGAAGGCGGGAGGGACAAAGGAGGCGGAGCCUGCCGUUACUGAUGUAGCCGCCAGAGAAGAGGAGGGUGGAGAGAAAGACGUGUCUUGGAAGCCAAUGCCAAGGCUGGUCCCCCUUGGACUAAGAGGCCACGCCCCCAGUUGACAUCACAGGUUGAUGAUGUCAUAGCAAGUGCAAGACCUGAUUGGUUAUGUGACAUCAUUAAAAGGUCUCACUGUUACCAUGGUAACAUUCAUGUUCAUUAAACAUAGUCAGCAUUUCAUUAAUGAAGUCCAGCAACGUGCAACUAGAGCAACUGGCAACUAGAGCAACGUGCAACCAGAGCAACUGGCAACCAGAGCAACGGGCAACCAGAGCAACGGGCAACCAGAGUAACGGACAACCAGAGCAACUUUAACACAAAAGUUUUCUGAUUAGUGGAUGUUUUUUCUGCCUUAUUUUAAGAUGAGUGAGUGUGUGUGUGUGUGUGUGUGUGUGUGUGUGUGUGUGUGUGUGUGUGUGUGUGUGUGUGUGUGUGUGUGUGAGUGAGUGUGUGAGUGAGUGCGUGUCUGGGUGUGUGUGUGUGUGUCUGGGUGUCUGGGUGUGUGUGUCUGGGUGUCUGGGUGGGUGUGUGUGUGUGUGUGUGUGUCUUCAGGAUGAAAUGUCUGGUUAACUCGAGUCUCUGCAGAAAGUGUACAAAGUUUUCUUCUUUAAUCUGAACUCAUUGAACUCAUGAGGGUACUAGGUCUCACCUGGUCUCACCUGGUCUCACCUGGUCCUCCUCAGAGCUGCUGCUGAUGUUGAGUUGAAACAGUUUGAUGUUUGUACAGUGUACAGGUGUUCAGUUCUUUUAAAGUUAUAUUUUUUACAGUGUAACCUCACCGUCUGAAUAAAGUUAAACAUGAACGACUGA